AUGGGAACCUCAAAGGCUCGCCCUGCCGCAAAGGCCCAGAAGGCCUCCCCAGAUCUACCUUCGCGACGCUUGCCCGACAAGACCUUCGUCCUAGACAAUGGCGCGUACACAAUGAAAGCGGGUUAUGCUGCAGACCCUAGUCUCUCAUCCGAAGAUGUGCUAUCAGCAUGCACCUCUAUACCGAAUACUCUUGUCAAGACCCGUGACAAUCGAAUAGUCAUUGGCGCACAACUUUCAACACAAGUCACCGACUGGAACGAAGCGGCCUUCCGUCGCCCAGUGGAGAAGGGAUACAUUGUGAAUUGGGAAGCAGAGAGAGAAAUUUGGGAGCAGUCCUUUUUUGAAGAGAAAGCAACUGCACGGAACAAGAACCUUCGAAUUGCUGCGCCAGAAGAUACGACGCUUAUCUUGACGGAGGCUCCGAAUGCCAUGCCUAUUUUACAACGCAAUGCAGAUGAGAUGGUCAUGGAGGAAUGGGGGUUUGGAGGAUAUGCAAGGUGCCUUGGGCCAACCCUUAAUGCUUGGAACGAGCUCCACACUUUGUUCGGAGACUCGCUGACCAGCAAGUCCGACUCCGCCAUUUUGCCUAUGGAUUGUCUUCUUGUUGUGGACUCUGGCUACUCACAUACAACCAUAACCCCGGUUUACAAAGGUCGAGCUUUGCAACGUGCAAUCCGGCGUCUCGACAUUGGCGGCAAGCAUCUUACAAACUACUUGAAAGAAAUUGUGUCAAUGCGGCAGUAUAACAUGGUGGAUGAAGCAUACAUCAUGAAUGAAGUCAAGGAGGCUGUCUCCUUUGUGAGUAACGAUUUCAAGGCGGAUAUGGAACGGACCUGGAAAACCAAGAUCAAGAACCAGGUGGAUGAAAGUGUGGUGGUGGAUUACGUUCUGCCAGAUCCAAAUGCAGGGAAAAAGGGCUUUAUGCGGCCACAUGAUCCCCUUUUACAAGCCAAAAAGAAGAAAGGUGCAUCAUCUGGUCUCAGCGCCGAGGUUUUGUCUGAGGACGUGCUUGUUUUAGGCAAUGAGCGCUUCAGCGUUCCGGAACUUCUGUUCAACCCGGGCGACAUUGGGAUGACCCAGGCUGGAAUACCCGACAUGAUUCUUCAAAGCCUAUCGGUUCUUCCUCCUGCAUUACAUGCUGCCUUUUUGGCCAAUGUGCUGGUUGUUGGUGGCAAUGCCUCAAUCCCGGGCUUCAUGGAAAGAUUGGAAACCGAUUUACGCCCUAUUGCGUCAGCUGAGUGUGUUGUGCGUGUGCGCCGCGCUCAAGAUCCCAUCUAUUCUACCUGGCUAGGAGGAUCCCGCCUUGCGAACAAUCGAGAGGAGUUGAGUAAAGUUGCAAUCACCCGAGAGGAAUAUCAAGAAUAUGGAUCUGGAUGGGCUGGUCGUCGAUUUGCUGGCACUGUUUAA